CUGCGCGGGACCGUUGAAUUUGAAAUCGGAGAGGAAGGACGCCAGGCUGUGUGGGAAUGCAGGAUGGCGGAGCUCAAGAAGGAAGACGGCGCUCAGGGUGAAGCCUCACCUCUGGAGGGAGAUGAGUGGGAGCUGAGUAAAGAAAAUGUGCAGCCCUUAAGGCAGGGGCGGAUCAUGUCCACUCUCCAGGGAGCCCUGGCACAGCAAGAAUCUGCCUGUAACACUGUUCUCCAGCAGCAGAAACGGGCCUUUGAAUCUGAAAUUCGAUUUUACAGUGGAAAUGACCCUUUGGAUGUUUGGGAUAGAUAUAUUAGCUGGACAGAGCAGAACUAUCCUCAGGGUGGGAAGGAGAGUAAUAUGUCAACAUUACUAGAAAGAGCCAUAGAAGCAUUGCAGGGAGAACAACGGUAUUAUGGUGAUCCUCGAUUUCUCAACCUUUGGCUUAAAUUGGGUCAUUUAUGCAAUGAGCCUUUGGAUAUGUACAGCUAUUUACAGAGCCAAGGAAUUGGCAUUUCACUGGCUCAGUUCUAUAUCUCUUGGGCUGAAGAAUAUGAAGCUAGAGAAAACUUUAAGAAAGCGGAUAUGAUAUUUCAGGAAGGGAUUCAACAGAAGGCUGAACCACUGGAAAGACUUCAGUCCCAGCACCGGCAAUUCCAAGCUAGAGUGUCCCGGCAAACUCUGUUGGCACUUGAGGAGGAAGCUUUUGAAUCUACAGCACCACAGCGCAGCACACUGGCUGAACUAAAAAGCAAAGGGAAAAAGACAGCAAAAGCACCAAUCAACCGUGUAGGAAGUGCUCUCAAGGCUGCAAACCAGAACAGAGCAUUCCAAAAUCCAGUUCCUCAGCAGAGACCGAAUAAUUCUAGAAUUGCUAUCUUUGAUGAGAAUACUGGUGAAGCGUCUAUAGCAGAGUUCUCCAGGCCUACAGCCCAACCAUGGAUGGCACCACCAUCAUCUCGGGCCAAGGAGAAUGAGUUGCAAGCAGGCCCUUGGAAUACAGGCAGGCCUUUGGAACACAGGCCUCGAAACAGUACACCUUCUAUGACAGCUUUACCCCCUGUGCUCCCCAGCUUUACUCCAUAUGUGGAAGAGACUGCACAACAGCCAGUCAUGACACCCUGUAAAAUUGAACCCAGUAUAAAUCAUAUUUUGAGCACAAGAAAACCUGGGAAGGAAGAAACUGAUCUCCUACAGAGAGUUCAGAACCAUCAGCAAGAGUCUGAGGAGAAGAAAGAGAAGAUGAUGUAUUGUAAGGAGAAGAUUUAUGCAGGAGUGGGGGAGUUCUCCUUUGAAGAGAUCCGUGCUGAAGCUUUCCGGAAGAAAUUAAAACAGCAAAGGGAAGCCGAGCUACAGACCAUUGCAGAGAAGAAAGCAGAAAUGCAGAAACAGAUUGAAGAGAUGGAGAAAAAACUCAAAGAAAUCCAAACGACUCAGCAAGAAAGAGCAGCUGAUGAGCAAGAAGAAAGGAUAUCUACUACAGAGACAGAUGGCCUGCAAAUUGCUUCCAAGUCUGAGGAGAUACCAGGAAUGAUUGUGUCUAAUUUUGCUUGUCCAGUAAACUCUUGUGCAAGGGAAGCUUCACUUGCGGAAAAUAUUUGGCAGGUACAACCUAAUUCUAAAUGUUCCAGUGCAUCUUUCUCUAUUUUUGAUGAGUUUCUUCCUUCAGAGAAACAGAAUACCAGUCUUCCACAUCCCACACAAGUUUCAGCCCUAAGAAGACCCCUGGCAAUCCUCAAAACUUCAGAAAGCAUCAUCUCAAAUGAGGAGCUGUCUCCAGAUGUUUGUCAUGAAUUUACAGGAAUUGAGCCUUUGAGUGAAGAUGCUAUUAUCACAGGCUUUAGGAAUGUAACUCUUUGUCCUAACCCAGAGGACACUUGUGAUUUUGCUCAAGCAGCUCGUUUUGUAUCCACUCCUUUUCAUGAGAUACUGCCCUUGAAGGAUCUCCCUUCUGAUGCUGGGAAGCUCCUACAGGAAGAGGAGCUGGAUGCCAAGACCGAUGAGGACCAGCACAGUGCUUGUGGCACUAGAUAUAAUCCAACUCUCAGCAUCAAGAAACUGAGCCCAAUAAUUGAAGACAGCCGUGAAGCCACACACUCAUCUGGGUUCUCUGGGUCUUCUUCCUCAGUUACAAGUACUUCCUCCAUCAAAUCUCUUCAAAUUCCUGAGAAACUGGAGCUUACUGAGAUUGCAGAUAACCCUACUCAAUCACCUUGGUGUUUGCAGUAUCGAAGGCAAUUACUACUAAAAUCCUUUCCAGAGUUGAAUGCCACUGCAGAGUUUUUUGUAAGAGACAAGCCAAUGCCCAAGUUGGAGAUAGAGAUGGAAAUUGAUUUAGGUGAUGAGAAUUACUAUAUUAAAGAAGAAUAUGUAAUAUGUGAAGAUUACAAAUUAUUCAGGGUGGUUUCCAGAAACUCCACAGAAUUAACUAUAAUAAAGGUUUCUUCUCAACCAGUUACAUGGGACUUUUAUAUUAAUCUCAAAUUAAAGGAACGCUUGAAUGAGGAGUGUGAUGAUUUAUGUAAUUGCUAUCAGUAUCAAGAUGGUUCUAUCAUAUGGUACCAAUAUAGGAACUGCUUCAGUCUUCAGGAUCUUCUUCAACACAGUGAAUUUAUUACCCAUGAACUGAUAAUGUUGAUUGUUUAUAACCUCUUGACAGUAGUGGAAAAACUACACAAAGCAGAAAUAGUCCAUGGUGACUUGAAUCCAAGGAGUCUGAUUUUUAGAAAUGGGAUGAAGAGGAUCCACGAUCCCAGUGACUGUAAUAGGAAGAAUCAAGCUUUGAAGAUUGUGGACUUUUCCUACAGUGUCGACCUUGGGGUACAGCUGGACACUUUCAGCCUCAGCAGCUUCCCGACUGUGCAGAGCCUAGAAGAACAAAAGAUCCUGGCGAACUGUUCUUCUCCCUACCAGGUAGAUCUGGUUGGUAUAGCAGAUUUAGCACAUUUACUGUUGUUCAAGGAACACCUACAGGUCUUCUGGGAUGGGUCCCUCUGGAAACUUAGCCAAAAUAUGUCUGAGCUAAAAGACGGUGACUUGUGGAAUAAAUUCUUUAUGCGGAUUCUGAAUGUCCAUGAUGACUCCACAAUGUCUGUUCUGAGGGAACUUGCAGUUGAAAUGUAUGAGGUAUUUGAUGCCACCUUCCAAAGUCACCUGAACAAAGCCUUCUGGAAAGUAGAGAAGUUAAACAGUCUUGGGACUUUGCUCUUCUAACAAAAUAGGCAAUAAUGUCUCUCACAGAUUCCUUCCUAAAACUAGUAGUUUAAUUGUAGAGCACUGAACUUGUACAUGCUUUAAUUUCACCUCAGACACAUUUUUCAGCUUUUUGGUAGAGGCAUAUUUCUAAGUAACUGGCUUUUUUUUUUUUUUUCCCAUAUGUAGCCAUGUACCUACUCUUGAUCUUACCUAACUUUACAAAACAUUCUUAAUGGACUCUGUGUGGAUGCUACCUUGUGGAUGGCUACAUUUAACACAUCUGUUUCUACCUUUCCCUUCCAUAAUUUGUGACCCAGAGAUCACUUUGUAUUUUAUAAAUAAUAAAGUAGCUUUUGUUAAA